CUCUCGCUACUAUGUCACUUUUGCUCGGUCCCGGUAGGUGGCAUAGUAGCGAGAUUUGACUGUACAUCGUGUUUAUUUAUGCUUCUUUUUUAUUGUCUAGAAGCUAACCUUAAUUUAUUACUAAAAAUCGUGUUUAUUCGAAUAAAUUAUUUUUGCUCUGGCCUUGCUCAUGUGUUUUUGUAAAGAACAUGACUGAAGCAAAAACAAAAAAAAUUAAUAAAUAAAAAAAAAUAAAAGAGAAAAAUUUAAAGAUAGAGAACCACAGAUCGGGCAAAACACAUAUCAGUGGGGGCGUGAGACAACUUUACAUUGGUGACCAAAGGGAAAUCCAUCAAUUCUGGAGGUACAACCAACAAAUAUGUGGUUACUGUUCUUAACGAUGAUGAGGUGAGGAGGAGAAGGAGGACGGGGAUAACGUUUAGGGCGGCAUUCAUCAGUUUAAGCAGCUGGAAACAGAGAAAAGCGAUCUUCAUGGUCACUACAACCUCCUUAACAACCAAGUACGAAAACAUUUAGUUUAUUUUUUAUCAUACGUCAUAGAGUAAACAAAACUUCAAAAUAGUGUGUAGCUAAAAAUAAAGUAUUGGGAUUCCCCGAAUGAGUACAUUUCGUUGAUGUUUUGUGUAGAACGUGUAGAAUCUAAUGUUAGCCUCAACACUCACAUCGGAAAUGUCGUCGAGGUAGAUGGAAUGCGUACUUAUGUUUUUCUGAGACCACUAACCCAUUUAAAAAAAUAUUUUCCGCCUUUUGCAACAUUCAGCACCAAAUUUUAAGGAUCUGAAAUCCACAAAUUGUCAUGGCGUUUAAACGGACAGGUAUCUUGAUUACAAGCAUGUGUCUCCUAAUGUCUUCCUGGAAUGAGACCCGAGGAGAACUUGUGGAGUCUGUAGGACACCUCAAGCAAGUAAAGGACCAUGAUGUCAUCGAGUGCAACUUCCAUGUGGAGGUCACACUUUCCCAUGUCAGCUUCAUUGACACAGAAGGUGAAUAUGUUUUCGGCGUUGUGAACUGUGUGAGCUCUUGCGAAGUUCACAACAACUACAAAGAUCGCCUACGCAUCGUGUCUCCACACAACACAAGUUUGGGGAACUCUUUUGUGUUUGAACUCUCGGGUUCAGAGAUGAGUGCCGGGCGUUACACGUGUUACGGACUCCCCAAGCCUCAAGGGGUUUCCCCUGCACGUGACCAUGACGAAGAAGGCGAGGAAAGUCAAACGACGACUUUGGCCCAGCAUCCUGAAGCUGAUGAGGUUUCACAAAGUGGAAGUAUGAACGGACUCGCUGCUCUAGCAAUAAUUCCCAUCCUGGUAAUAAUAGUACUCGUCUUCUUUUGUCGGAGACUUGGGCUUCGGAUUCCAUGUCAAAGGGAAACAUCGGUGGUUAACAAGUCUUUGAACAAUGGUCGAGACGAAGAGGCGCUUUUAGGCAAUGGUAGCAACUCACCUUUACACCAUGGUGCAGCACAAAGAGGCGAUGUUCUCGGAUCCCAUUCUCAUAUAGUUGAUGACAGAAUUGACGAGGGUAAAGAAUACAAAGAUUCUGGUGUCAAAGGGCAUCAGGAUUAUCUGCGGGUUUCAUCUAACAAGGUCGAGUAUACAAAGAACAAAAAUACUGGUGUUGAUGUGUAUCAGGGAUCAACACAUUCUUCCUUCUCGAAAGUAGAAAAAGAGCAAACUAAAGAAAAGAUGGAGAAAAAGGACUAUAAUGAAGACGAUGACUACCAGACCGACUCUGAUGACGAUGAUGACGAUAGAAGUAGAAAUGCUAUAGGUACUCUUGAUGUUGAUAAGUUGGAUGGUGCAAGUUCCACUGGGCAGAACCUACUCUACACCGACCUGUCUCUUCCUGAACAAUCCCAGGAAUGUUCUGACGGCGAAAAGAGACAAACAAUUAGAGGUAAACUAAAAAGUUUAUUCAGUAAAUUUAGCCAAUUUGACGAUGACAACGAAAUAAAAUAUGAUGAAUCAGUGAGAGAACAAACAGCAGACACGAGAGCAGAAACAGUGAAAACUGGCGAAGAACUGGAGAAAAGGGGUUCUAAUGAAGACGAUAACUACGAGACCGCCUCUGAUGAUGACGAUGAUGACGAUAGAAGUAGAAACGAUGAAGGUCCUUUUGAUGUUGAUAAGUUGGAUGGUGCAGUUCCACUGGGCAGAACCUGUUCUACACCGACCUGUCUCUUCCUGAACAAUCCCAGGAAAGUUCUGACGGCGAAAAGAGACAAACAAUUAGAGGUAAACUAAGAAGUUUAUCCAGUAAAUUUAACCAAUUUGACGAUAUCAACACCCUGGACGUGUAAUGGACAAGAUAAUAAGUGAUCCUCAAGCUAACACGUUUGAUGAGGUCGCACAACCACGAGGAACUGGGGAUGUGUUGAACACAGUACCACAUGUGAGUUAGAAGUUAGAGAAGAUCAACAAAAUCUGAACACACACACAUAUAUACAGAGGGGCAAACAAACAAAAAAUGAGCAAGAGUAAAAGAUAUGAGCAAGUGAAAAAUAUGAUUAAGUAACACAACCUAAAGAAAAAAAUUACAAGAAGGACAUUCAUAUGCACACCUACAAUAACAACAAAACACACGUACACACACCUGACAAUUUAUCUGUUUGAGCAGCUAGACCGCAGAUGGUACAAACGAUUUCAGGUGCCUAUUGCUUCCGCAUAUUCGGUGUUUCUAUUCCUUUUGAGCCGAUGAAGAAAAACAAGAAAGAAGAAGAAAGAAUGAAGAAGAAAGGAAAAAGGAAGAAAGAAGAAGGUGCGAAGGGGACGUAAAACAGACAAAAGGUCGUCACACAAUGAGACUGGAGCUGUCAGGGACAAUGACUAGUCAAAGGCAAGGCAGAGGAGACUGUUCACUGGCAGUAUUAAAUGAACUGUUCACAAUGGAGUCAGCAGGAACUGUUGACAGACAAGAUGGACUGAGCGCUAUACUGCCCGACAUCUCAGAAGCAAGUUAAUAAUUUACGAUAGUCACGAAAAGCAGAACUUAUCGUCUGCAAUGUUUGCAUCUUGUUACUAAUCAAAUGUCCUAAGGACAAUAAUGGGAUUGCAAACUAACCCACUGGCAGCCAAAAAAUAUUGUGUGAUCCAUGUAAAAAUACUUUAGAUAGUAAA